UUGACUAUCCGGAAUUAACAUUGUAGAUUUGCCAUAGAUAUUCUCUCUGUUACAUGAUUUUCAAAGCGCUGGAUUUGCUCCUGUCUUGAUGACGUUUUACGUACGAGGCAGUGGGUGGGGCGGCGUAAACAUUUUGGCGCGGGAUUUUUUUAAACGCUGAGGCGGGUUAGAUAAUUUUGCUAUUCAAAUGUCAUCAGUAUCUUUGUUGUUAGAUAGUUGCCGUAGUAACCUGAACUAGCAGCUCAUCAGUUCCACUAAGAACGGGUUGUCUCAAAGCGGGAAAUUAUAUGUAAAUCAAUAUGGAUUUAUAGUGUGUAACGUUAAACAUCCUGCUAUUUCAGUGUGCGUGGCGACAUCUGCUCGCAUUCUACACGUGCAGCAUCGUUUGUUAAGAAAAUACUGAGACAGCUUUUAGGAUUUAGCUAUCAGAAAUCACGCAUGGAGCGUUGCAAUGGGAGGCCAGAGGAGAGGACCCCUCAAACAAACACGUCUUUCGGGCAGUAUGCAUAUACUGCAGAGGAGUACCAGGCCGUCCAGAAUGCUUUACGGCAGAGACUCGGACCUGAAUAUAUCAGCACCAGACCGGCUGGAGGUGGACAAAAGGUGUGCUAUAUUGAGGGCCACAAAGUUAUAAGUUUAGCCAAUGAAAUGUUUGGGUACAAUGGAUGGUCGCACUCAAUAUCUCAACAAAAUGUUGACUUUGUGGACCUUAUCAAUGGGAAAUUUUAUGUUGGAGUUAGUGCAUUUGUGAAAGUUCAGCUAAAGGAUGGCUCGUACCAUGAGGAUGUAGGCUACGGGGUGAGUGAAGGUCUCAAAUCCAAAGCUUUGUCACUGGAAAAGGCAAGAAAAGAAGCUGUCACAGAUGGAUUGAAGAGAGCGCUGAAGUGUUUUGGAAAUGCGCUUGGAAAUUGCAUUCUUAAUAAGGAGUACCUAAUAGCCAUCAAUAAACUACCAAAGCAGCCACCACCUCCUAUAGACCCGGACAAGACCAAACGCUGCGAUGGUGAGCCAUCCGUGGAGAAGGCCAGGUACAACAGCUUGGCUCAAGCCAAUGGCUGGGGUUUGACCAAGCCGGAAGAACCAAGCAACAUUCCCUUACAGCAGAUGGGAGUUCAGCCUGUACAAGAAGGGCUUGAAAGUGGCACUAGAUCCAGGAUUUCAUUCACAACCAUGGCACCACAUUCUGGCAAUACUUCAGCUCACCAGGAUGUUGAAAACAGGCCCAGCAACACCUCAAGGUCAGCUGCUGACAUGGCUGAACUGUCCUCGUCUGAUCCUCUGCUGGAAUCCAAGCAACAGAGGAAGCUGAGACAGCAGCAGCUGCAGCAAAAGUUCAGACUGGAAAUGGAGGCUAAGAAGUUGCUACAGGGACAACCACAGCAGAAAACGGCACAUUCAAAUCCUUCUACAGGGCAGCCACUGCAUUCUAAGCAAGGUCAGGCUGUAGGUCCCAAUAACCACAGUACUCCAACUGGACACCUGGUGACAACUAAGCAGGAGGAGUGUCUGGCUGACCCAGAAAUAUGGGACUUCACUCUAGAUGGCAUCGAUAUGCUUGACGAUCCCACAGGAGGCUCUUCGGAACCUUCUCGUCCCACCACACCGAGCCAACACAAGAUGAUGACACGCAGCAAGACCCCUCAGAGAGCCCAACCCCUGAGACCACCAGCCCAACCCCAGGGACAUGUUGUUCCUCAAGGCCAGGGAGGAUCUGGACAAUUCAGAUUGUCAGUGGGAGCAGGUGGACAACAGAGUCCAUACAGACAAGGCCAGAUGAUGAAGAAACGAAGACUGGACACUUAACACUUUUCUUUUAGAAAUUUAAAGCAGUUUUAAUUUAUUUUUAUAUGUUUGCUAUUAAUUUGUG